AUGCCCAAAGCUUGGACCCGGGCACCCGCUCCUGCAGUUCGUGCGGAGACAACAUGGAACUCUACCCCUACGCUUGCAGACUCAGGAGGCGGAGAAGAGAUUACAGAUCACGCCCCGCCAACCCAGUUACCUACGGAAAGUUUUGUGGAGCCUUCAUCUAACAUGACUGGGGGUGUAUCCUGGAAUACUGUUCACUAUAUGUUGGGUGAGGUUCAAUAUGGCGGACGAGUGACAGAUGAUUACGACAAGCGACUUCUCAAUACUUUUGCGAAGGUCUGGUUUGGUGAGCAUAUGUUUUACGAUUCCUUUUGCUUUUACCGAGGAUAUGUCAUACCAAACUGCAAGUCUGUUGACGACUACCUCGAUGCCAUAGAGGAGUUGCCUCUAGUUGACUCUCCGCAAGCGUUUGGCUUGCAUCCUAACGCUGAUAUUACUUAUCAAAGCAAUAUCGCCAAAGAAGUCUUGGAUAUUAUCGUUAACGUUCAGCCUAAAGACAGCAGCACGGGCAGCGGAGAAACACGUGAAGUUAUUGUGUACCGUCUCGCUCAAGACAUGCUCGACAAGCUACCACCUGACUAUUUGCCUCACGAGGUGAAAGAGCGCUUGCAGAAAAUGGGUGCUCUCUCUUCGAUGAAUAUUUUUCUGCGUCAAGAGAUCGACCGAAUGCAGCGAGUCAUUAAACUCGUUCGAUUGACGCUUACUGACUUGAAAUUAGCAAUCGAUGGAACAAUUAUUAUGAGUGAGAAUCUGCGCGACGCAUUGGAUAACACAUUUGACGCGAAAGUUCCUCUCCUAUGGGGGAAGGUUUCGUGGGAAUCUUCUACGUUGGGAUUCUGGUUUACAGAACUGCUGGAGCGCAACGCUCAGUUUUCUAGCUGGCUCUUUGAAGGGCGUCCGAACGUGUUUUGGAUGACUGGCUUUUUUAAUCCGCAAGGAUUUCUAACUGCAAUGCGCCAGGAAGUUACCCGAGCACACAAGGGUUGGGCUCUCGACUCGGUCGUUUUGCACAACGAAGUUCUUCGACAGAUGAAGGCCGACAUCGCGUCUCCUCCACAGGAAGGCGUGUACGUUCACGGCUUGUUUCUUGACGGAGCCGGAUGGGAUAGAAGAGGUUGCAAACUAACCGAACCUUUACCGAAAGUGCUAUUCACACAAUUGCCCGUCGUGCAUGUUUACGCUGUCAACUCGACGGGACCGAAAGAUUCAAAAUUAUAUCAGUGUCCCGUAUACAAGAAACCUCAUCGUACGGACCUGACUUACAUCACUGCUCUCAGUCUGAAGACCGCUCAGCAUCCCGAUCACUGGAUUUUACGAGGAGUUGCGCUUCUGUGCGAUGUCAAGUGAACUAGACUAGUCGGACUGGAGAGGAAUGACAGAGGGAAAGACACAAAUAAUAGUAUUUUCUCCAUCUUUGCUGUUAAAAUAUGUAUAUGUAUAUGUAGCCGCCGUUAUACGACAAACUCGUCAAGAAACUAUACUGUAUAUUAUUAAGCAGCUCUCUGGAUAUUGCUGUGAGACGUUGCUGAUCAAUCGCAGUUGCCAUGUAGUUAGAAGUCUCGCGCAUGCUAGUUUGUUGUCUAGCUAGCUAAAGUUGUAGCUAUCAAAUAUGUAACAUCUGCCUAGGUCGUAUAGAUCCAAUCUUUCUUGCGAG